AUGACUUCCUUUUUAAACAAUAAUAUUUCACUGGCUGGCUCUCUUGAGGAUGAUGGCAAUUAGACCACAGGAACUCAGUUUAGCUAGCCAGGCUGGCAAAUAGCAAUUUGGGCCAUCACAUAUUCUUUUAUAUUUAUUGCAUCAAUUACUGGCAAUGUCACUGUCAGCUGGAUUAUUCGAGCCCACAAACAAAUGAUUGUUACCAAUUAUUUUGUUAAUCUGGCUUUUUCUGAUCUUCUCGUGGCUGCUUUCAAUACAGUUUUCAAUUUCAUUUACGCUAGUCACAAUGUCUAGUAUUUUGGUAAGGAAUCCUGCAGGUUUCAGAACUUGUUCCCUAUUACUGCAAUGUUUGUGAGUAUUUAUUUUAUGACAGCAGUUGUUGCUGACAGGCAUGUAGCUGUCAUUUAUCUUCUUAAGCCCGAACUUUCUGCUGGGAGCAUCAGAGUAAUCAUAGGAAUAAUCUGGCUGGUAGCUUUUGGACUUGCCUUUCCCAUAUGUUUUUAUGCUGAGAUCAUGAUCAACAAUAGAAUAACUAAAAAAUGUAUUGUUGCCUGGCCAAAUGAUGAUGGACAGAAGCACCAGCUAAUGUACCACAUUGCAGUGAUUGUGUUGAUUUACUUGCUGCCUCUGUUGUUUUUUUUCCCCACAUACAGCAUUAUAGGAAUUACUCUUUGGAGUAGUACAGUCCCUGGAAACCACGCUAGUAGAGUCUAUCAGCAUCAAUUUACUUCCAAAAAAAAGUUUGUGAGGACUUUGGUCAUGGUUGUGAUAACCUUUGCUGUCUGUUGGUUGCCUUGUCACCUGUACUUCAUCUUUGGGAUCUUCAGGGAAGACAUGUAUAAGCAAAAGUACAUUCAACAAGUAUAUCUUGCAGUCUUUCUGGUUGCUAUGAGUUCUACAACAUACAAUCCAAUCAUAUACUGCUGCCUUAACCAAAGGUUUCAUUCUGGGUUCAGGUUGGCCUUUCAUGGAUGCCCCAGCAUACAAGCAUCUGAGAAAGACAAACUUAAACUUACCCUCCCCUCACCUUUACAGCUGUUCCACAAAAGUAAGUAAAAAAAAUCUAAUUCAAGCAUAAAAACACAUUUAAAUGGCAGAGAAAAACUAUCAAAAACUCUUCAGCAAUAAACAUUGACUUUUAAUUUGAUUAUCUAA